UUUAAAUCUAUACAUGUACCUAACCUACCUAACCUAGGUAAGUACCUUGUAACGCGUGGCGUUUCAGCCACAGCGAAGCAGCCUAUUAGAAGGUUGGAAACUUGGUCUUUACAGACUUAGGUCCUAAGCAUCAGCCUGGUAGCUAGCAUUAGGCUGCCCCGCAGCUAUUAUGUUAGGUACCUAAGGUAGAAGGUAAAUAGCCCCUCCAUAAAUAUUGCGUCGUCAGAAGCUCCUGACAUAAAGCUCGUCGAAUCGAAUCUGCUCUCCUUACAAGUAUUCUCAUGAAGAAUACUAUUUAGAUAUCUAGACAAACGAAUGAUUCUAUGGGAAUAUUAGAAAUAUUCUGAAAAUCGUGUUAUCAAGCAUCAAGCGCCGGAAUGUCGAUCACGAUCGAGAAGAUACUCGCUGCUUCCCCCGUGACAGCUCGAGGGCAGCCAACCCAGCUGUCGACCGAUGCAAAAGGGGAAAGGAUAGCUUAUGCUUCCGGGAAAUCAAUAUUUGUUCGAUCUAUCGACGACCCUUCUACUAGUAAACAAUACACUGGUCACACGGCCCAAACGACUGUUGCCAAGUUUUCGCCAAGUGGAUUCUACGUUGCCAGCGGUGAUGUAUCGGGCUCGGUUCGGGUAUGGGACUCGAUAGAGGCUGUGAAUACCAAAGGCGAAUAUCAUAUCAUCUCGGGUCGCAUCAAUGAUAUAGCGUGGGAUGGCGAUUCGCAGCGCAUCAUUGCGGUCGGCGACGGCCGUGAGCGGUUCGGACACUGCAUCACUGCGGACAGUGGUAACAGCGUAGGCGAGGUAUCCGGACAUUCUAAAGUCAUCAACUCGGUUGCCGUGAGGCAGAUGAGGCCCCUCAGAGCUGCAACCGCGAGUGAUGACAUGGCUAUGUGUUUCUUGCACGGUGCCCCGUUCAAAUUUGACUCCAAGUCAACUGGCCUUCAUAAGGGAUUCGUAUUGGGCACAGCCUUCUCGCCGGACGGGAACACCCUUGUUACGGUGGGUGCAGAUAAGCGAAUUCAACUGUACGAUGGGAAGACUGGAGAGCCCACAAAGUCCAUCGGCGAGAACGAGCACACAGGAAGCAUCUUCGCAGUUAGCUGGUCAAAAGAUUCGAAGAGUUUUGUCACAGCCAGCGCCGAUCAGACGGUCAAACUAUGGGAUGUGGAGGCGGGCAAAGUCACACAAACGUGGAAAUUCGGAGAUGGUGUUAGCAUCCCAGACCAACAGGUUGGUGUGGUAUGGCCACAUGGCCGCAGCGAUGGCUUGAUUAUCAGUCUCAGCCUUGGCGGAGAUCUAAACUAUCUGGUAGAAGGCAACCCGAAACCGAUCAAAGUUAUUCAGGGACAUAACAAGAGCAUCACAGCCUUAGGAGUUGGCUCGGAUGGCAAGGGCCAAACACUAUGGACUGGAAGCUUCGAUGGUCGGGUCUGCAGCUGGGAUCUCGGUUCUGGAGCUGCCACUGUUGUCGACGGGCAAACUCACACAAACCAAGUAACAGAAUUCACUUCUAGUACUGGGCGAGCAUACAGCGUUGGGUGGGACGAUACUCUGCGCAUAGUCGAUGAGUCCGCCAACACUUUUGCCGGCGAGUCACUAAAACUGUCCGCACAGCCCAAGGGAGUUGCUUCUGCGAACGGACAAGUGUAUGUGGCGACCAUCGCCGGCGUCGAGAUCUAUGUCAAGGAUCAACUUGCAGGCAAGCUAGAAAUCACCGAAGCGCAGCCAACAGCCAUCGCCGCCCAGGGAUCACUAGUAGCAAUAGGCCUAAGCAAUAACGCCGUGCGCCUAUACAAGGCGGACUCGGGUAACAAACUUACACAAGCCCAUGAGGUGAAGAACUCAACGGCGCAAAUUUCUACUCUGGCCUUUUCGAAGGACGGCUCGCUGCUUGCCGCGGGAAACACGGCGGGCAAAAUAUACGCGUAUCGCACGUCUGGCCUGGAGUUGGCGACGGACCGGUGGUCGGCGCAUACGGGCCGUGUAACAAGCAUCGCAUGGAACGAGGCGGGCACGCACGCGGCCAGCGGCGCGUUAGAUACUAAUGUGUUCGUAUGGAGCCUCGCGAAGCCCGGGUCACGCGUCAAGGCGCUAAACGCGCACAAGGACGGCGUUAAUGGCGUCGCUUGGGUGCAUGGCGGGACGAAGGUCGCGAGUACGGGUGGAGAUGCGGCGAUCAAGAUUUGGAAUGUUGAAGGGUUGCAAUGAGAGAUGGGAUGACUUUAUGAAGUAUUGAUCAUGAUCAUGAUAGUCUAUAAGAGCAGGUGGAUAUUUGAACCAGACUUAGGAUUGUUUAUCCGGAUGGCUUUGGCUUUGACAAAGGUGACUUGCUUCUCGUAGAUAAUAAUCCAUUCGAAGUGUUCUUGUUGGGCGAUUGAGCGUGUAAUCCUUGAACUGUAUGCUCUUUGAGAAGAACGUCGUUAAGAAUAUAACUCCGUAUAGAUAAUUUUUUAGGAAUCCUUUACGCACUAUUGUGAUAAGCCCAUUCCGCGUUACUGAAGAGUAAACGGGAAUGAAUUUAUACUACGCGCUAUAAGCAAGCAAUAGACGCACUGCUAUAGUUAAAGUUGAGUAUAGCAUAUGUU